AACAGCUGAUCGUCUGUUCAAAGUUCGAAAUUGUUUUUAGGCGGGCCCUAACAUGUGGGUUGCUACUUUGUCCACCGAUUCUAGAAAAACGUGUUUCGUUACAGUCCCUCAAAAAUGGGGAGUCAACUUCAAUCAGAUGGUUACAAUAAAAAUUCAGCAGUCCAAUAUUUCUGCUCUUCCUGUGUAUGCUACUUGCAUAGGUGAAAAUGGUCUUCCAGGAGAUGAAAAUGUGGUGAUAGGUACUCAAUUUGCCAGAUUGAAUGGUUUGGUUACUGAUGUGGAAACAGCAUUUGAAAUUUUUCCGAAGAAUGUUCCAAUAUUAUCUUCAGUCAUAGCGGAGCCAUGUUUGGAGGAGGAUUGGGAAUUACUAGAGCUGAACAUUGAACAAAUCCAAUCUGAGCUCUUGAAUAAAAUUCGUGUUGUUUGGGUUGGAGCAAAAGUUCCCAUAUGGCUGAGUGAUUUUGUUAGUCUUUCUAUAGAAAUAAUUGAACUUGAUCCUAAGGAAACUACUGGAUUAUUGGCUACAGACACUGAAAUCCAUGUGUGCCCUCCUAAACCUAAACCCUAUGUAGGCCCAGUGGUGGACAACCAAAUAUCUCCUUUGAAGUCAAUCCUCUCACAUCUUCUGAACCAUCAUUUCCCAAAAACACCAGAAAAAUGUGCUAGUACUGUUCUAGAACUGCGAGUGCUACCAGUUGAAGAAAAAGAAACUUUUCACAAAUUAGCACUUGAAAACAAUGCUAAUGUUGUUUUACAACCUUAUCAAGCAUUUUUGUCUAAAACCCACGAAUCCACUCUUGACAAGACGCAAGACUGUAUUGGCAGCAUUCAAAAUAACGAACGCACUUCAUAUUUUAACAUCCAUUUCGUUGGAAGCAGUCAUAACUGGCCCAUUUAUCCCAACGCCAUUUACCUUUCAGAAAUAGUUAUUCGCCAAUUAAAUUUAAACUUGAAGCAGCGUGUGCAAGUAGUCGUUCAAACAGACGAUCUCCCUAACCGAUGCGAAAAUAUCAGCUUUUACACAUUUGUCCAGGAUUAUGAUUUAAAAGAACUUGAAAAGGACGUUAAAAUGUGGAUGUUGUCAGUAACUAAAGACAAAGUGAAUCUUGUUAUUAACCAUGGUCAACAUUUGGACAUUCCUUGUAUCGUGAAGGGAAAAACUAAUCGCAUAUUCACUGGAAUUCAAUCAAAAAGCCCCAAUCCUAGAUUUUGCCGCGUUGACGAAACGGCUCUAACCAAGAUUCUUGAGAAGCUCAAGGUUAUACGCAUCCGAAUACAAAAUGCGCCUCAGUAUCUACAGCUGCUAGAAAACGAUCCCGUUAGAACAGCGAAAUCUGAAGUUCCAUUGGGAGGAGUUACCAAUCUACUCGAAAAAGCUACCAACUUCUUGAAAAGCGGAUUGGGACUUAUUAACAACAGUUUAUGCAGUUCUUGUACCGGAUGCCGUCAUGGAAAUUUGCUUCUGACGGGACCACGAGGAUCGGGAAGAACUAGCAUCGCACGCAAUCUUUGCAACCAAUUAGAAAGCCAGCCAUUUUAUGUUCAUACCGUUUUUAUCGACUGUGCUUCACUAAAAGGUAAGCGAGCAGAAACACUUCAACGUGACUGGGAAGUAAUGUUUCGACAACUAAUCGAUCGGGAACCUUCACUGCUGGUGUUGGAUGAUCUUGAUCUGUUAGUGAGUGCACCACAAAACGACCAAGAUGAAACACUCAACGGAGAAGCAUGGUAUUACAGGAGAAUUUCAGCUUUGAUCAUUGAACUUGUUAAGAGCACUCCAUUUCUAAAUCAAGUAAUGAUCAUUGCUACAGCCAUAAACGGUAAAUCACUGCAUCCUAGGCUUUAUAACUACGAAUCGAGUCAUUUGUUUACAUGCGAAUUAAUAAUUCCUCCCCUCACUAAUGAUAUGAGAUUAGAAAUGGUUCGAAAACUGUUGGAAACUGAUGGUUUGAAUGUUGAGGAAGAUAUCAACCUCACUUCUAUAACCUCUAAAAUGGAUGGAUACGUUGCUACUGAUGUCCGUCAUCUAAUAGAUAAAGCGACGCAUCUCGCUGCUUCUGAAGCAGGUUCUCUUAAAGAGAUUUUGGUGAAAGCCAAACACUUCGAACUUGCUGUGGAAGAUCACGUUCCGAUCGGGUUGCAUGGCAUUGAUUUGAAGCCUUCGGUUGACAACCGUAUCGCCUGGAGUGAUGUCGGGGGGCUCACUCAUGCGAAAAAGAUAAUAGUAGAAACCCUCAAAUGGCCAACUCAAUAUCCAGAGUUAUUCGCCCAUUGCCCCCUUAGACUGAGAUCGGCUCUUCUACUCUAUGGGGCCCCUGGAACUGGCAAAACAAUGUUGGCUCGCGCUGUGGCUACCGAAUGCCAAGUCAACUUUAUUAGUAUUAAGGGCCCGGAAUUGCUGUCCAAGUAUAUAGGAGCUAGCGAAGAAUCCGUCCGAGAGACAUUCCGACGAGCCAGGAGCGCCAAGCCCUGUAUCCUAUUUUUUGAUGAGUUCGACAGUCUUGCUCCCAGGCGGGGUCAUGACAGCACAGGUGUCACGGAUCGGGUUGUCAAUCAGAUGCUCACAGAAUUGGACGGGGUGGAGGGCCAAGAAGCAGGUUUAUGGGUGCUGGCAGCCACAUCUAGACCCGAUUUGAUUGACCCUGCCCUUCUCCGUCCUGGCCGUUUCGACGUCUCGGUCCGUUGCCCUCUACCGGACAAGGAUGAAAGGUUAGACAUCUUGAAGGCGCUCAGUUCUAGACUCCAUCUCCUUGACGACGUCCGAUUGGAUGAAAUUGCGUUCGAGACGGAAUAUUAUUCGGGCGCAGACCUGCAGGCGGUCCUAUACACUGCCCAGUUAAAAGCUGUACAUCAGCGGACUCAAGGCGACAACAACAAACCUUCUCCAAUUCAUAUCACUCAUCAGUUGCUGGUGGAUGCGCUGCGGGAGACUCGGCCAUCGGUCACGGCUUCGGAGCGGCAGCGCUACGAUCGAAUCUACGAGAACUUUGACUCCGGACACAGCGAUAACAACGAGCAGCCAGGUCCCGCACGGGUCCCCCGGGUCACCCUGGCAUGAAAAGGAAAGAAAGAAGACCGGGAGGGGGAAGAAGACGGCAAUCUGCAUUAUUCGUCUUCUACUAGCGACGUGGAUCGACUUCACUCACACAAGUUUUGGACCUUGUCGAUUUCUUCCAACCGAACAGGACGCCGCCGUCGUUAAUUUCUCUCAACCGUGUCUUUUCUCCACUUUUCUUUACACCUUUAAACUUCUCGUCUGACCUGAGAGACAUGGACCCCAGAACCCCCGCUAGUAACAACUCACCCGGAAUGGAUGUCACAAGUGAACUGUACGUGAAUUCUGAACAAAUUGAUGGCCGAUGUGACUAUUUUCUACUGGUGCUUUUUGAGAUGGAUGCCGGACGGUACGUGUUCCAGUUGACUGAUCCAUUUCGUUUUCGGUUCGUUACUAGUGCGGAUUCCAUGACUGUACCCGUUUAAGAUGUUCAUGGUUCAUCUUGAUGACAUUGAAGUCCAUUUGGCAAUCGUCAUGAUUUCGGCUGGAACCCCUCAUUAAAUUAAGUUUGAAUUUAGUCUUUUACCAUCUUCCAUCCGACCGUUAUUCCUUCACGCAAUUAUAUGCGCGGUCCUCUCCAAGUCUCCAUCUAUUUGAUGUGGUUGUGAAUGGAUCGGGUUAUUUGCCUAAUUUCCAGCUUAAUAUUUAUUUUUCUACCUUGCGAAGACACUACUCGCCAUCUAUUGAGAAACAACGAAUCUGCACAUAAAUAACGCAUUCAUGCAGUUAGUGAAAGAGUCAAAGAGGUGACCAAGUCAAGUUGCAGCUGCUGCAUGCAGUCUAUGGAGCUGGGUGUCGUCUUGAAGGGUAAACACAAUCGAAGACUUCUUGAAAUGGUAAUGUGAUUGAGUCCGUGGUGUUGGUGUGAUGAGCUGCUAUAUGAAGUGUUCACAGUCGGACCUGGUUUGACUUUUGCCGCUUUGGCUGAUUGCAGAGAUGCCAAACGAUUGCGGACGUUUUUGAAAAUUUAAAAUGACAAUGUUACCUGGUUCUACCAUUUUUUCCGAGACAUUGAGCCAGGAGAAGAAUUUUUUCUUUUUUCUUUUUUUUUUUUUAUAAUGGUGUAUAUUCGCCGAAGGCGAAUGUUACCAACAUACCAACAGGAGCAGGAUGUCGAUUGAAUGCUCACUCUUUUACAUUUUGAUGAAAUUAAAAAGAUUCAACAUGACUGUUUGAUGCAAAAGUUAGUUGGAACUCUAACUCAAAUACAGAUAACCGUUACUGCUGCUGCCUUACAGCCACAGGCAGGACAAUUAUUCUUUUCUUCAGAAAAUUGUGGCUAAAAUGGUUUGUCCCCCAGCCACCAGAUGAUGCGAGUGUCUUCGUGAGGACAAAAUAUUUGUCAUUUGUUUCCGACCGAAACGCUGAAUGAAAGUUGUGAACGCUGAGUGAAAAUUCAUUACGGAAUUGGCGUGUCGAUCUACAUUUUCAGCCAUGAAAUGGUAACUGGCAAUCUGGCAUAUUAUUUCACUUGGCCAAAUAAUGUGACGACGUGGGUCGAAACUGCUGUCCAUUUUGCCGAAAUGUCGGCCAUUGUUAGCUGUACCUAUACGGCUAUACGACUCAUCUCGUGCUGAAACACUUCAGAGCUAGUAAAACAGAGAUCCCUUUGCUCAACUGUUGCAGAAAUCGAGAACACAACAGAGUCUGAGAUUCAUGGCUGUUGUAUCAUCAACAUGGUUUUGUUGCAGCCAGCUGGUGAAAGAUGUGAUCGAGUCAAGUUUAGCUGCAGCUGCUGCUGUGCUGCAUGCAGUUUAUCUAGCUGGUGUUAUCCCAAGUGCCAUAACAGGAACACUUCUUGAAUGGGAGUUCAUGGUCAGUUUUAUGUUUGAGAUUUUUAUGGUGUUGCUGUUUGGUGUACAGUGGUUUUGAAGUCCCUAUCCAGUUGAGAGAUGCUCUGAAGCAGACUUGCAGUUCAACAUCACACUUAAAUGUGUCAUUUGCCUAUGUUGGUGUCCAUGCAGUAUAUGCCGUGUUGAAAAGUUGGGUAAAAUAGUCAAUGUUGCCUGAUGGCUGUCGGUCUUGUUUUAUCGGCUGCAUUUUUCGAUAUGUCGUCUCUUGGUACCGGCAUUGAAUUUCAUCGUUUGCUGCCGUUCCAUAGACUUGAUCCAUUGGUAAAACUGAGGAGAGGUUGCUGAAAUUCAAGACUCGUCAAUAUAAAUUAUGUAGAUGUAGAAAAAUUACAAGUGCAUAUCUGGUCUCCCUUCUUCAGUGGCCCCGUUUCCCUAAAUAACCACUAACCAACGCCCGCCGGUGGUCACUCACUCGCUGCGACAACCAGGAGGAAGGGAGAUGUUUGGUCGAACGGGGACUUGCAAGGCGCAUGAUUCGAUGAAAUCUGUUGGGAGGGUCAUGAGUCUAAGCCGGAAGCCUACUAUGACACACUGCUCUCAUAAUAACUGCUCCUCAGCUCUCUUCGCUCUUUUUCCGGUUUCUCUUAACCAUGGCCGGGUAAUCUCCCUGGUCGAGUCAGUCGAGCAGUGUCUCCCCCUGCUUGACUGGCUGCAGUUUAUACCGGACGGUUUGUUUAAUAAAUAAAACAAGUAUAAAAAACCAUAUAAUGUUUUCAUUUUAUAAAUUGUUAUUAAUUAAAUAUAAAUAGGUAACAACUUGAUUAAAAAGCAUAUUUAUGUAACGUUGUUUAUUAAACAGACCGUCCGAUACAAACUCUUAGUUAGUACUAUUGCUCAAAAACUGAUUCUCUUGAAUCAGCAGACUCGAGUGUUUAUAGCGCCGCCAAGAUAGAUAUUUCUGAAUGGUACCCGUCUUGUCAACUGAUAAUGAUUCGUGUUCUUGGUUUGACAGAAGCUGUGUUGUGUGUGUUGAUCGUCUCCACCAUGCACGCGAUAAUCAAGACCAGCAACGGUUGAUCAAGGAGAAGCAAAGAACGACGAUGUAACUACUAAAUAGCGGGAACAGUUUUCCACACUGGUACGCUGUAUGACGUCGAGCAUUGCCAAAAUGGAAGUGAUCUUUGAAGAACUGAGCGUCUUCAAAGCCAGAAAUGUUUCUUUUAAUUACUGUGGUAAUAAUUCAAGAUGAUGAAGUCUAAUUAGGUAGAAAACCUUUCUGAAAAGUUUAGGAGCCAUUGUUAAUUUCAAUUGACCCAUUCCAAUCCCCAGCAACGUAAACCUGCAGAAUGAAAGGCACGUAAAACUUGUCAUGCAGUGGUGUAGAGGUUGGGUGAGAACGGGAUGUGUUACAUAACCAUUUGGUAUUCAUUUUGAAUUUUGAUAUUUGUUGUUGUAGACCCACCCCCAGCAACGACAACUUGCAAAAGGAAAGGCACGUUAAACUUGUCAAAAAGAGGUUGGGUGAGAACGGGAUGUGUUACUGUUACAUAACCAUUUUCAUUUUGAUAUUGGUUGUUGUAGACCCAUCCCCAGAAACUUCAACCUGCAAAAGGAAAAGGCAGUCCACCUGUCCUUCACAUUCGAAGGUCACGGAGAUCAUUGCAUAAAACGUGUCAUGCAGUGGUGUAGAGGUGAGAACGGGACGUGUUUCAUCAUUUUCAAGCAGCUACAAUAGCCGCAAGGCUUAAGAGGUGAGGGUGAUCAAAAAAUCGUAUAAAAGGAGAGAGAAAAGGCAAAGGUAAAUCAGUCGAGGGAGCAUCUCCGACACGGCAACAACUGCAGCGCUCUGUCUGUCAGUUCGCAUCCAUGGCAAACUAUGGCGUAGUGCUGCUGUUGUGUGUUGAAUCUUUGAUGGCUGGGUCGACCACUGGUGUACCGAUGUUUUCUUGGUAUGGCGGAUACCAAACCGCAACGCCGCCGCCUUACUACCCAAAAGCAACUUACGCAACGACCAGUUACUGCACCGAGGUCUUCAAGUACUACACCACUAAAGCACCGGACUUUAAUAGCACAACUUACGCUGCCCCGAGCCACUAUACUGACGCCCUGAAGUAUUAGUCUGCCCCGAGUUAGUACAGUAUUACUUUGUUCUCAUCUACUUAUUGCACCGAUUUUCCUAAAUACUACUCUGUUCCCAGCUGCUACACCGAGGCUCCCACUGAUUACUACACCGAAGCUUCAAAGUACUACUCUGCCCUGAUCUACACAACCAUAACUGAGGCGGUCAAGUAUUACGCUGUCCCGACUUACUGCACAGAAGCUGCUCGUUCGUACUACGUUGAACAGGAAUACUACACUGAUGCUCCAGUUCACUACACCACGACCUACGCUACACCGCAGCCCCCAAGUACUACACCGAAGAAGCCGCCUACAACAACGUAUGCUGCCUAGUUUACUACACCGAGGCUCCCAAGUGCUACAUCACUAAGGCACCCGAAUUCUACACGUCUAUACAUGCUGCCCCUGCUUACUAUACCGAGGCCCCGCAUUGCUACAACACUGAAGCGCUCAAGUACUACACUACACUACUGAAGCUAUCGUUGAUGGCUGGGUCGACUGCUGGUGUAGCGAUGUCUCCUUGGUAUGGUGGAAACCAAACCGCAACGCCGCCGCUUUCCUACUCAACUUACGCAAUGACCAGUUCCUGCACCGAUGUCUUCAAGUACUACACCACCAAACCACGGGAGUUUUAUACCACAACUUACGCUGCCCCGAGCCACUACACUGAUGCCCUGAAGUAUUACUCUGCCCUGAGUUACUACACCAUCUAGGCGACGGAUGACACCACAUGACUACGUAUACUGCCUAUCCUACUACACCGAGGCUUCUAGCUGCUAUACCGAGGCUCCCGCUGAUGUCUCCAUCAAGACGGUCGAAUACUACACUGAAGCGACAAAGUACUACUCUGCCCCGAUCUACACAACCACAACUGAGGCGGCCAAGUAUUACGCAGUCCCGACCUGCUACACCAAAGCUGCUCUUUCAUGCUGCGUCGAACAGAGAUACUACACUGAUGCUCCAGUCUACUACACCACGACCUACGCUACACCUAGCUACAAUACCGCAGACCCCAAGUACUACACCGAAGAAGGCGUCCAUACACAACUACGUACGCUACCUAGCUUACUACAUCGAGGAAUUUAAGUAUUACUCCUCCAAACUACUACCAAACUGAGGUUCAUAUGUAUUACAUCAGCAAUUCGUCCCACCUUGUCACCACUAUUUACGCUACUCCGAGCUAUAUACCGAAGUUCUAAAGUAUUUUUUGGAUGUGUUGAAAGAUUGUUGAAAUACAAGAUUGAUUCAUAAAUCACAA